GACGGGAAUCUAGGGGAAAUGUCUUCGACUCUCAUCAAUCUUGGUCUCUGCUACAGAGAUAUCGGGAAACUUGAGAAAAGUUUAAGUUUAAUUGAAGAGGCAGUCACAAUUAGCCGAUCAUGGUACUCAUCUUCUGAUUACUUGUUGGCACUUGAUAUAUCUCACCUUUCCUCUAUGUACGAUUUACUUGACAGAAAAAAUGAAGCUUGGAAAUUGGCAAAAGAAGCGCUGGAUAUUGCCAGAUCAUCAUUACCGUCAUCAGAUCCUCAAUUGACCGUGUAUAUGCACGGUUUCGGUCAUUCUUGUUUCCGGCGAGGAGACUCCAACGAAGCCAUAGUGUGGUUUGAGAAAUCUCGCCAAUCGCUGCAACAACUACCUUCUUCACCUAAACGAGACGAUCUCUUUGCAACAACUCUACAUAGCCUUGCUGACACAUAUCAAGAAGGGGGACAAUAUGACAAGUCGAUAAAGACAUACGAAGAGUUGCUCGAGUUGAAAAGGCGAUGCGAUGACGGGAAUCUAGUGAAAAUGUUUACGGUUCUCAUCGAUCUUGGUUACUGCUACAGAGAGAUCGGGAAACUUGAGAAAAGUUUGAGUGUAAUUGAAGAGGCAGUCACAAUCAGCCGAUCAUGCUCCUCAUCUUCUCCUCGCUCCUUGGCACUUGCUAUAUAUCACCUUUCCAUUACGUACGAUUUACUUGACAGAAAAGACGAAGCUUGGAAAUUGGCAAGAGAAGCGUUGGAUAUUGCAAGGGUAUCAUUACAGUCAUCGGAUCCUCAAUUGGCCAAGUGUAUGAACCAUUUGGGCAAUUGUUGUCGAUCACGAGGAAACUGCGAUGAAGCCAUCUCGUGGCAUUCGAAAGCUAGACAAUUGUUGCAACUACAACGUCAAUCACCUAAACGAGACGAAGACAUUGCUACAAAUUUGUAUUUCUUGUCUUCCGACCAUGACGAGAAAGGAUGUUAUGAAGAAGCUAUAAAGCUGUGUUUGGAAGCACUAAAAAUGCACCAAGAAAGUCAUUCUCCUAAUCCUCUUUAUAUCGCAAUUGGUACGAUGCUGCUAGGUUCAUAUGAAAUAAAGGCCUCAAGACUUGAAGCGUCUAUAACCCAUUUGCAAUCUUCCUUGUCAGUUUUUGAAGACACACUACCUACUAGUUAUCACACCGCAGAUUGUCACUUUUACCUUGCCACGUCGUUUCUUGUUAUGAAAGAAGCGUCCCAAUCAAGUUUGCAUGUAGAGAAGUGUCUUGAAAUACGGAAGACAAUAUUUCCAGUUGGUCAUGGCAAGAUAGAGGAAGCCGAGUGUCUCAAACAAGAAAUUGAAGGGAUGAAUGAAAAUGCAAGUGACUGACAUGAUAUUCUUAGUUUGCUCAUUAAGUAUUAUGCGUUACCGUCUGCAUGUGUUCUUGUUAAAAUUAAUGCAACUGGUUGCAUGGCGCACGAGGUUUGCCUGGGUCCGUGUAUACCCACACGAACCCACUAAAUAUGCUCACACUGCAAUUAAUGAGAUGAAUA